UAUUGUCACACGCAGCUCAAAGGUACUUUGACUCAACUUUUCAACUAUUUCAAAAUACGAUAAAGUUGAACAACGGGACGCUACUAUAGUGCCAUAUCUUGAAUAAAGUCUCCAGAGGAUAUACGACAACAAAAGGACAAAUUUAAAACAUUGGAUUAUUACAAAACAUAGUGAAAUACACUUCAAUAAAAUUCAAAUGAUGAGAAGGACAUAAAGAUAAAUUGAAAAUCGUUUUAAAUCUGAAAAAUAACUUUUAAUUAGAGCACUAUAAGAUAAAUUAAACAUGGAUAAGUUAUUAGGAGUUUUAGGGUCUGUUGGUAAAAUUGAAACAAGGUUAGACAAUGACGGUGUCGACAGACUGAACUAUAGGUACACCGUUGGUCUGCUGGGAAUAUUCUCCCUCGUUGUCACUACUUCGCAGUAUGUCGGUGAUCCGAUGACAUGUUGGACUCCGGCCCAAUUUACGAAGCAAAUGGUUGACUACACGGACGACUGGUGCUGGGUGAAGGGUACAUACUACCACCCAAUGGAGGAAGUCGUUCCCAGAGAGAAUGAACCGAGACAGUUUGAAGUUGCGUAUUAUAUCUGGGUUCCCCUGUUUUUGAUAUUGCAAGGGUUAUUGUUCUACAUUCCCAGUAUGAUUUGGCACAUCUUUAAUAGCCGGACGGGCUGUGAUAUAAACACUGUCGUCCAAACCGCAUCUUUGCUAGGAAGUGUCGUGCAGGAUAAAAGAGAGAUGAAUCUAAAGCACAUUGUGCGUUACAUCGAUAAUUAUUUAACAAAGAAUAGAGAUAAAACCCAACGGAGUAGAGUUGUAAAAAUUCAAAGAUUCUUAUCGCAGAAACUCUGCUGCUUGUGUUGUGGCAAACGUACUGGUAAUUUCAUGUGGACGCUCUACAUGCUAGUGAAAGUCCUCUACAUCGUUAAUGUCAUCGGUCAGCUGUUUAUUCUAAAUGAUUUCAUUGGUUCUAACUACCACGUGUAUGGCUUUGAAGUGAUGAAGGAUCUUGCCCAGGGCAACGACUGGAGGUCUUCUCCCGUCUUCCCCAGAAUCACGUUAUGCAGUUACAAAAUGAGAGUUCUAGGUAACGUCCAAAGACACACAUUACAAUGCGUUCUUCCAGUGAAUCUUUUCAAUGAGAAAAUCUACAUUGUUAUCUGGUUCUGGUAUGUGUUUGUCGCCACUGCCUCAUGUAUCAAUUUUGUCCAAUGGUUACUUAAAUCGCUCAGUUCAACAAGGAGAGCGUUCUUCAAAAAGCACCUUGUCUGGAUGGGACGCCUUCAGCCAAACGGCAACUCAGAAUCAGAUAGGAAACUUUACCGCAUGUUCACAGAGAAGUACCUGCGCCCAGAUGGUUACUUGAUAAUGCGUUUCAUUGCGGUUCAAUGUUCGGAGUUUGUUGUAUCUGACAUUGUUGCAGCUUUAUGGGAUAAUUAUAAACGCAUGAAUCCAUUGAAAGAAGGACUACUGGAGUUUGAAGAGGACGAGAAAAACUCAGAUAAAGAUAUGUAAACGAUACUAACGAUUUUGAAAACUGAGCGAGAAAGCUUGAGAGGAAUGAUUUUUGUAGGACGUCCUGUUCCAGUUGUAAGUGUGUUGCAUCAGGAAAAAAUUGAAUAAUGUGAAGCAAAACCAAGCAUUCCGUAAACAUUUUAAGAGAUCAUAAAGUGUCACCAAAUGUUCACCAUUCUUCAGGAACAGACAUAUGCAUUUAACACUGAGACGUCAUUCGGAACCUUUUUCGGACAGAACAAUUUCAAAGAGAAUGUGUGGAUUUAAUAUUUUGUUGUUAACUUCUUCAUCCAGGACGGCCAAAGCAUGAGGUUCUGAAUACGCGUUACCUGAAAGUACAACAUUUUUGUUCUCAUGCGCGUUGUGAAAAAUAUCAACAGUAGUUUAGCAUGCCAUUUUGGGCUCAUACUUAUGUAGCCUUGGCAUCUUAGUGGUUAAUCUCACUCUACUUGUCAGUGAAAGUAGUUUCUACUCCAGCUCAGGGAGGUUAACGUACACGUUUUUAAACGAACGUGUAAGUGAACGUGUAAUAGUAGAGAGCUUUCGAUAUAAUUUUCAGCUAAACUUAUAAGGUUUCUCAAAGAAACCAGGAA